AAUGUGCGAAGGGCGCCACAAGACGAACCCAGAAAAACAGACCGACGCCAAAACUAGUGAAUAAUUUGCUAAAUCCAUGACACGAUAUCGCUGCUCAGGGCGCUUUAAUAGACCCAGCCCUUCCCUUACGAUUUGUGCAGCGGCGACGGCACUCAUUCUGCACACCACGAUAAAAUGAGCAAAAGACGCGAAUCGUAAACCUCGUGCGAGCAGUAGCCAAUCUGAGCGUUCAGCUGCUGAGAUCUCCGUCGCGCUGCGAUGCGGUAACCGGUGCAGGCGGCGCGCUUGCUCUUCAUGUGAUCUGAGCCCAGAACAGGACACUUUUAUAGGAGAGAGUUGAUGAUGGACCUGGGUUUGAGAGAACCGAUGGAACUGACACGGGGAUUAUUAUUCUAGCCAGAGGGGCAGAGGUUUAAUACUUCCCGGAUUAACUCUGCCGUAAUCGGCACGGGCUACAGUGGAGCAACGCAACGCCGGCUGACACUGAGCGCCCGCUGAAUCGCUUUUUCAAUCAUACAUUGUGGCUGGACUCUGACAGGUGAACGAGGCUAUAUAUCAGAGGAAGCGGUUUUUAAAAUUUACCUCAAUUUACAAAUCCUCAAAGUGGUCUUUGCUGAAGAAGUACCUGUAUUUGGGAGGUAAGAUGUAGUUCCUCUAUACCUAAUAUAUAGACUCUGGAUGCCCUGAUUCUCGAGAACACAUUUGCAGUUUGCAUCAUAUUCACCGAGAACUGUUUCAUAUGGGCGAAGCGAGAAGUCGGUUCCCUUCGUGUUGGACAUGGGCUCGCUGUCAAGAUAACGGUGUGUCCGAUCCAGAGCGGGAGAAACGAUGGGCCGAACUGUUCGAUCAGCUGGAUCUAAAUAAAGAUGGGAGGAUCGAUGCGAAUGAACUGCGCACCGGAUUAAGCGCCUGGGGGGUUGUUCGCAGUGAGGUGGACGAGAUUGUACGUGUGAGUGACACCAAUCAUGAUGGCCAGCUGGACUUUAAGGAGUUCACACAGUAUCUGCGCACACACGAGAAAGAGCUCAGACUCAUGUUCCACAGCCUGGACCGCAACAAUGAUGGUCACAUAGAUGUUGCAGAAAUUCAGCUCUCCUUGCACAGCCUUGGAGUGAAUGUAUCUACAGAGCAGGCCUCCAGAAUCCUGCAGAGCAUAGACAGAGAUGGUACUAUGACCAUUGACUGGAGCGAGUGGAGGGACCACUUCUUGUUUAACCCGUUGCACAAUAUGGAGGACAUCGCCCACUACUGGAAACAUUCUCUGAUGUUGGACAUUGGAGAGCAGCUGACUGUGCCGGAUGAGUUCUCAGAGAAAGAGCGGCGUUCAGGUGUGGUGUGGAGACAGCUAGUGGCUGGGGCAAUGGCAGGAGCUGUAUCGCGAACGGGAACUGCUCCUCUCGACCGUCUUAAAGUUUUCCUUCAGGUCCACGGCUCCAGUGGUGUGGGUUUGUUGGGUAGUUUGCGGGGAAUGGUGCAGGAAGGAGGAUUGAGGUCCCUUUGGAGAGGCAAUGGCAUCAAUGUCCUCAAAAUUGCCCCAGAAUCAGCUAUCAAAUUCAUGGCUUAUGAGCAGAUCAAAUGGCUGAUCAGAGGCAGUAAGGAGGGUGCCUCUCUAAGAGUUCAGGAACGUUUCAUUGCUGGUUCCCUGGCAGGAGCUACAGCUCAGACCAUCAUCUACCCCAUGGAGGUUCUGAAGGAUCAUGUGACACUGAAAAAGACUGCUGAAAAUUCAGCUAUACAAUCAUGUAACAGAGGAAGUUGUUUAACAAAAGAAGGAGUGCGCGCGUUCUACAAAGGCUAUGUGCCCAACACACUUGGAAUCAUCCCGUAUGCUGGCAUUGAUCUGGCUGUCUAUGAGACUCUAAAGAAUGCUUGGCUACAGCGGUACUGCAUGGGCUCGGCUGAUCCUGGCGUUCUGGUGCUUCUUGGAUGUGGCACUGUGUCCAGCACAUGUGGGCAGCUGGCUAGUUACCCGCUGGCUUUAAUCCGCACACGCAUGCAGGCUCAGGCCUCAGCUUUAGAUGGUGCUCCUCAGCUGUCAAUGGUUGGCCAGUUCAAGCACAUUGUGUCCCAUGAAGGCGUUCCUGGACUUUACCGUGGCAUUGCCCCCAAUUUCCUCAAAGUCAUUCCUGCUGUUAGCAUCUCUUAUGUGGUUUAUGAGCAUAUGAAGAAAGCACUGGGAGUGGGAUCUUAAACUAAGACAGAAUCAGAGUGCAAAAAGAAAGAGAGAACCUGCAUUAAAAAGAGGACGAUGAAACUUCUGAACCUCAUAAAAAGAGCCUUAGGGAAGCACAGAGGACCCCUAGAGAACAGAAUAAGGAAGACAUAGUCAAUGAAUGACCUAAAAACCUCUACAUUGUACGCAAUCACAUUCCCAUGGCAAUUUAUACUUUAAUAGGAUGGAAAGAUAGUUUUGGGCUGAGGCAACCAUUAUGAAAAAUGGUUGUGUUCAGAAUAUGUUUCUCUGUGACUGGCGGCUUGGAGAUCUCAGGUUUAUUGUACACUAUUUACCUGCUGUUUCACAUAAACAACUUCUUAUCUGGAUAGGGGAACACCACUGAAUAGUACUUCAUUUUACAAGGAAUGUGAUGUUAUUGCCGUGGUGAUAAAUGUGGGGUAAUUGUGUAAUGAAAGAUACCUAAAGGCAGGGAGUGAUGGUGACAUUGGGCCUUUUUCAGUAUUUGCAGGAGGACUAAGUUAUUUUUUUUUAAAUGACAACCAAAGUUUCCCUCUUAAAAUUGACCAAAAUGUUGAAGAAGGUGUUUCAAUGUACAUAUGGGUAUGGGAUAUUUUAAAUAGCCUCUUCUGACUGAUGUUUCAUAACAUUUACCAAUGAUUUAUACAUUGUAAAACAUGUUUCAGCAGGGAUUUACACUGUUGUAAAACUCAUAUAUUUUUGUAAUGGUCAGUGAGAGGUAAGCAUGUUAUUUGCUACACUUUAAUGAUCAAAGGAUUUGCACUCUUAAAAUGAUUGUAGAAUUUAUAUCUUAAACUGACUUGUGAUGUUCUUUUAUGACAUCUCUGCUGCUUUGCUACCUUUUUACAAUUUUAGCCUUUUCUGAUAUUUCAGUCUUCAUUGUUAAAGUGUAGUGAAAUACAGGAUUUAGUGUUAAAAUUACGUAAAUGGUAUAAAUAACUGCCUUGAACAACUUGCAAAUGGGGCAUCAACAAGGGUAUUAGAUGAAAAGGGGUGUUUAUUAUAUUAAAUUUGCAUACUUUGUGUUUAUUAAAGGGAUAGUU